UCUCCGUGGGCUGUAUUUAUUCACUACCCACUCCACGUUCCCCUUUAAGUGCGCCUGGCGUGGUCGCAGAGCUCCAAGGAGAUGGGUUGCAAUUGGCUAGCCUGUGUAUCCGGUCGGCGGAACGAUUGGCUGAGGCUGUGGGCCGGGGCAGCAUGCUCCCGAGGGAUUGGUCACGGGGUCCCAGAACCCGCCUCCCGCACGGAGGACGCAGCGCGGGGUCGCCGGUGGGAAAGGCGGGCGGGCGAGCUCCAGGAACAUGGCGGCGGGCGACCUCGCCCAGAUCCCUGAGGUGGACAUCGACUCCGACGGCGUCUUCAACGGACAUCUAUGACAAGGUGUCCAGCGAGAUGCAGAAGAAGGGCUUGGACUGUGAGUGCCUGGGCGGCGGGCGCAUCUCCCACCAGAGCCGGGACAAGAAGAUCCACGUGUACGGCUACUCCAUGGGCUAUGGUCGUGCCCAGCACAACAUCUCCACUGAGAAGAUCAAAGCCAGGUACCCUGACUACGAGGUCACCUGGGCUGAUGAUGGCUACUGAGACCUACUCAGACCUGCUGCCUCCAGCAGCCAGCUCGGAACUCUGCCUUCCAGGCUCCUUCUGAGGGGCUGGGCUGCACCCCCUGGCACUGUGCCCCCUGGCCAGGCCUCAGAGAUGGACGCCAGCCCAGCCCCUAUGCCCCAGUGUACCUCACCCACAGGAAUUAAAAGCAUUGUCACCCCAAAGAGUUCCCUGG